ACGACACUGCUUGGUUCACACAAACAAGACCAAGAACAAGAACAAGAACCAGAGCCAGAGGAGUGUCAUCUGCUUGGCUACAGAAACCGCAGUUGUGAUGGCGGAGGUGGUCGAGAAACGUCACGAUGAUGAUGUGAAGGAGAAGCUGAAGAGCAACGGCAUAGUGGUGCCGAAUCCGAAGCCGAGCAAGGGCGUCACCUCCACACUGGUGGACACGGUUGAGAAGCUCAUUGUCAAGUUGAUGUACGACAGUUCUCAGCCUCACCACUAUCUCGCCGGAAACUUUGCUCCGGUUAUUGAGGAAACGCCUCCCACCAAGGACCUCCAUGUCAUCGGGCAUCUUCCUGAUUGCUUGAAUGGAGAGUUUGUAAGGGUUGGCCCCAACCCCAAGUUUGCUCCAGUUGCUGGAUAUCACUGGUUUGAUGGAGAUGGUAUGAUUCAUGGUAUGCGCAUCAAGGAUGGGAAAGCAACAUAUGUUUCCCGCUAUGUAAAGACAUCACGUCUUAAGCAAGAAGAGUACUUUGGAGGUGCCAAAUUUAUGAAGGUCGGAGACCUUAAGGGGCUUUUUGGUUUACUCAUGGUUUACAUGCAGCAGCUGAGGGCUAAACUGAAAGUAUUAGAUCUUUCAUAUGGACAUGGGACAGGUAACACAGCUCUCGUAUAUCACCAUGGGAAACUUCUAGCUCUUUCAGAGGGAGACAAACCUUAUGUUCUCAAAGUUCUGGAAGAUGGAGAUCUGCAAACAGUUGGCUUGUUGGAUUAUGACAAGAGAUUGAAGCAUUCCUUCACUGCUCAUCCAAAGGUUGACCCUUUCACUGGGGAGAUGUUUACAUUUGGCUAUUCGCAUGAUCCACCAUACGUCACAUACAGAGUAAUUUCAAAGGAUGGUUUCAUGCAUGAUCCUAUACCUAUAACAGUACCAGCUCCUGUCAUGAUGCAUGAUUUUGCCAUUACUGAGAACUAUGCAAUUUUCAUGGAUCUUCCCUUGUAUUUCAGACCAAAGGAAAUGGUUAAGGAAGGCAAGCUGAUAUUCUCAUUUGAUGAAACAAAAAAAGCUCGCUUUGGUGUCCUUCCACGAUAUGCAAAGGAUGAUUUGCUAAUCAGAUGGUUUGAGCUUCCAAAUUGCUUCAUUUUCCAUAAUGCUAAUGCUUGGGAGGAAGAGGACGAAGUUGUUUUAAUGACAUGCCGCCUUGAGAAUCCAGAUUUAGACAUGGUCAAUGGACCGAUCAAGAAAAAGCUUGACAACUUCAAAAAUGAGCUGUAUGAGAUGAGAUUCAACUUAAAAACCGGUUUAGCAACACAGAAGAAAUUAUCAGAAUCAGCUGUAGAUUUUCCUAGGGUGAAUGAGAGCUACACUGGAAGGAAGCAACGCUAUGUCUAUGGAACCACACUGGAUAGCAUUGCGAUGGUGACAGGGAUAGUCAAGUUUGAUCUGCAUGCUGCACCUGAGAUUGGAAAAACGAAAAUUGAGGUUGGAGGAAAUGUCCAAGGCCUUUAUGACCUGGGACCGGGUAGAUUUGGUUCUGAGGCUAUUUUUGUCCCCCGUGUUCCUGGUAUUACUUCAGAAGAAGAUGAUGGCUACUUGAUAUUCUUUGUACAUGAUGAGAAUACUGGAAAAUCAGCAAUUCAUGUAUUAGAUGCAAAAACAAUGUCCAGUGAUCCUGUUGCAAUUGUUGAGUUGCCCCACAGGGUUCCAUAUGGGUUCCAUGCCUUCUUUGUGACAGAGGAGCAAUUGCAAGAACAAGCAAAGUUCUAAUUGUUCAAAUCAUUGAAAGAACCGAUCCUCCGAAGGCAGCCCUGUGUAAAUUGAACCUGCUGCAUCGAUGGUCUCGUCUCUGCACCAAUAAUGUAUUUAUAUACUCCUUUUUUAGUGUAAUUAUAUACACCUUGUCGACUAAAGUUGUAUUAAUCUACUUUGGAGAAGGAAAUGAACAUCCAGGAAUAGUUACAUGCAUAAUGCACAUUUUUUUUUUCGCUCUUGAAUUGUCGGAUUCAAUAUCUUAAUUUUUCACUGGCAGCUUAUAUAUCCAUUGGAAGA